UUGUACCGACACCGGUGAAAAUCAAUUUAAUCAACAUGCUGUCAGAGACGGGGCUUCAGGUGAUAGAGGCCACCAGCUUUGUUUCCCCCAAGUGGGUUCCUCAGAUGGCCGACCACACCGAAGUCAUGCAAGGAAUUAAUAAAUUGCCUGGUAUCAGCUACCCUGUGCUGACCCCUAAUCUGAAAGGAUUUCAGGCGGCGGUGGCAGCCGGGGCCAAAGAAGUGUCCAUCUUUGGAGCGGCGUCCGAGCUCUUCACUAGGAAGAACAUCAACUGUUCCAUAGAGGAGAGUUUGGAGAGGUUCAGUGAAGUGAUGAGCGCAGCCAGGGCAGCCAGCAUUCCUGUCCGGGGAUACGUUUCCUGUGUCCUUGGAUGUCCCUAUGAAGGGAAGAUUUCUGCAGCUAAAGUUGCAGAGGUCUCAAAGAAGAUGUACUCCAUGGGCUGCUACGAGAUUUCCCUCGGUGACACCAUUGGCAUUGGGACCCCAGGCAGCAUGAAGGAGAUGCUGACGGCAGUCAUGAAGGAGGUGCCGGUUGGGGCUCUUGCUGUUCACUGCCACGACACCUACGGGCAAGCUCUUGCCAACAUCUUGGUAGCGCUUCAGAUGGGUGUGAGCGUGGUUGAUGCUUCCGUCGCUGGCCUUGGAGGCUGCCCCUACGCCCAGGGAGCGUCGGGAAACGUUGCUACGGAGGACUUGGUGUACAUGCUGCACGGCCUGGGGAUCCACACGGGUGUGGAUCUGCAGAAGCUGAUGGACACGGGCACGUUUAUUUGCAAUGCUCUCAACAGACGAACCAAUUCCAAAGUGUCCCAGGCGUCUUGCAGGCUGUGAUACUGAAUCGAGUUUCUCCUUGGAUCAAGAA